UGUAAAAACCCCAUCUGAUUCACUAAUACCCUUUAGGGGAGGGAACUGCUGUCCUUACCCAGGUUGGUCGACAUGUAACUCCAGACUCAGGGCCGUAUGCUUGAUACCUGCCUGCCCUUGGGCGAUUAGGGAGGGCCAAUAAAUGCCAUAUAUAAACGUUUGCUUUUCUUUAGAAGUGGAAAGAGAACUGAUUAGAGUCAGGCUGAGUGCUCGACAGUAAAACCCCCUACCAUUUUAUUUCGAUUUAGUUAAAGCUACUACAGCUCUUUUCAAAAUCAGCAUUGUGUUGGCCAGUUAAUGAUACAGGGAGAGGCAUCACAUUCCGACAGGAGAAUGUAUAACUUUAGAAGAGAAUAACUAGGAUACUUCAGGAAGAGUUGAGAGGGAGAGGCAGUCACCGUAUCUCACUUAUCAGUGUCGGAUCUUGCUGCUGAAUGGAUUGAGAGGGUCGCUUUGAUGUUGAAGGUGGUCCCACUGCUGAAAACUCACAGCCAUUACACUGCUGUGAUUCGCUUUGCAGGAACCAGGAGAGAAAGUGGCGACUUCCUUACAAGGCGUGUGGCUGCGAGCCGAAACCUCGGGACUCCCCUUCAAAGCUGCAACCCUCCCACCAGCGUCUCGGGCUCCGGCGAGGAAGACCUCUCCUCCGCGCAGUUCGACUGUGGGGGGCGUCACCGCCCUAUUCCAGCAGCGUUUCUGUCGGGGUGGGGCGUCUUGUGGUCUCGGGGAGGGGCGGGGAUUUCACAUCCAGUCGCCAGGUAGAGGCUGCGAUGUUUUAGGGCAAGGACGUGUAGAGUAUCCUCGAUGUUUGGCAAAGUGAGAGGCGCCGGGGCCAGUGCGCUGCUCUCGGACCGGGACAGGGCUCCUCUCCAGGCGGCAGCCCCAGAAUGUAACGUCGGUGUCCUGGGCUGCCCAGGCUCCGGCAAGUCUGCUCUGACUGUGAAAUUCCUCACGAAAAGAUUCAUAAGCGAAUACGACCCUAACUUGGAGGACACUUACACUACUGAAGAAAUUGUGGAUCAUCAGCCAGUCCUUUUAAAAAUAAUGGACACAGCUGAUCAGGAUAAACCGUUGAACUCUGAACGUUACCUGAACUGGGCAAAUGCAUUCAUUGUCGUCUACAGUAUUGAUAAUAGGAAGAGCUUUGAAGGGUGCGUGCAUUAUCUAAAUGUAAUUUCUAGUCAUGCCAAAGGACUCCCACAUGAUUAUCCAAUUAUUCUGCUAGGAAAUAAACUGGACAUGGAGAGAUACCGGCAGGUAAGCAAGUCUGAUGGACUGUCACUGGCAUCCAAAUAUAACUCUUCAUUUUAUGAAGUAUCUGCCUGUUUGGACUUUGAGUCAGUGCAGCACGUGUUCCACGAAUUGAUUCGUGAGGUGAGGCGAGAGACUGAACGUCACCUUCCGGUCAGACCUCUCUUUAUUUCCGAGGAAAAGCCUGUGUUGGGUACAGCCCACCCACCUGCCUUUGCCCAUGCUGUUAAGCACCAUGCACCUAUAUUUGGAACACAGCGUCUGUCCACUGCCACCUAUAAGGAAAUUCCCACCAUCACUUCAGCUAAGCUGGUCACUGUAAAGUCAGCAAGGGCACAAAGCAAGCGAAGAACUCCCACGCUGACCUUACUUAAAGGAUUUAAAAUAUUUUAAUGCACUACUCACCGCUCUGAAUACCAAAGUUCAAUGUAUCUCUUUAAUCUAGUUAGAUCCACAAUUACUUUCUCUGGCUAGUGACUGUGGAAUUAAAACUGUCACAAAACUUUGAUUAUAAUUCAAACCAACUAAACACUAAGGACCUCAUCUGUGAUCAGUGUGACCUUUGCUAAUCCUAUGUGGAUAUAAGAUCGAGUACAUAGACCAUCAGCUGUUGCAGAUGACAACCCAUGUCUAUCUACCGUUGUCGACUGUCAACUGUAACCUCUUCUUUUAAGAAUUAAAUGACAGAUGGAAAUCUACUUGUUGCAGUGUCCACAGUCAAGGAAGGGGGAAAAUAAAAAUAUCUGCUCAGUAACCUGAACUAUCACCAUAUGAUAAUAUCACCUCCAUUACAUCGAAGAUGACAAUUUAAGCAUUCUUUUACAGCUCAUUUCCCAGGUUAAAAAUAAUCUAAAACAAGUAUUUUAGGAGCUAAAGAAGAAGAACCAUCAUUCAAAAUGCUGUUUGUGCUUCAGUUGUUUGAUUUAAAAAGUGUUCACUAGAUUUUACAUAUUUGAUAAUGAAGAGGAAUGCACAGAGACUCAAAUGUGCACAUGUAAUGCUUUCUGUAAUCUUUUAUCUGUCUGGUUAUAUGAUGUUUGUUUCAGAUGAUAAAAUGCAGCAUUUAAGAAA